AUCACCUAUUCAUACUUAUAUUAAUAACUGAUUAUACUUAUAUUAUUGAACAUCAAUAUAAAUUAAAUAUUUUACUUAAUUGUCUAGAUUUCAGAAGUUAAUACAUAUUUUUUUGAAUUUUUUAAUACAAUAAAAAAAGAACAAAAAAAUCGUCAACAUGCAGAGGACAUAUUGUGUGGCAUUUGCGUUAAUCAUAAGUGUUUCCUUUGCAUUUGCAGAUAAUUUAUCAGCAAAUUGGUCGUCUGAUGAUGACACCUUACCGGAAUUACUACCAAAAAAGAUGCGUGACAAAAGCGAUGACGAGAUUCAAAAAGCUGUUUUUCAAGCUUUUGAAAAUCAACUCAAAGUGAUUUCUGAGUACAAUGGACACAUGUUGGAUCCAGAAUCUCCUUACGGAUUUUUUAAAGAUGAAAUGCCGAUUUCGAAUGCAAGAACGUCUAAUCCACAAUCUGAUCUCAUAUUUUACAAUAAUGCUAUUAGAGGGUUUAUUGGGCAUAACAAAAACAGUAUUAUCAUUAAAUGGGUCCCGAAUCAGGUUGUUACAGAACUAGGAUGGAAAGAAAUGAGUGUUAGAGGAAGGUACACUUUCAUGAAUUCUUCGUAUUUUGAUCAAGGAAAGUACCACAUCCAGUUACAAGAUUUGAAGUACCUUGCUAGUACUACGCUUUCAGAAAACACCGAAUCGUACCCAUCGACAGUGCCAAAAUCUAGUAUUUCAUACAAAAGUGUUAAGGUUUCAUUUACUGGUGGUUUACCAGAAGUAUUAAAAACUAGUGAUUCUUCUAAUGUCAAACACUUCAUUGAAGACAUCGUUUUUCAACAAGUAGCCGAUCGUGUGGUUAGAGACACGCACAAUAACAUCACUGUCGCCAUACGCCAGGUCAUCAAACCAUACAUCAUAUUCAAGAACGACACCGAUCCUAACUUUCCCGGUACAAACGGAAAACUUCCCAGCGGUAGCGUUGGGUAUAGCAUCAGUAAUACAGUCAUUAGUGGUUUCGCUAAUGCGGAACACAAAUUGAAAAAGGUCACCACGAAAAUGGCCACCAACACGGUCACAGCUGAUUUACGUAUAUCGAUCCAUAGCUUAGACGGUAAAUUUGACUUUAAACUCGAGGAGAGUAAGCCUACCAUCGGAAAAGCAACAUUCACUGUCAGCAGAAUCGAUGUCAACGUGUCGUUCAAUAUGCUUAAGCCCGUCGAAUGCAAAGCUGAGGUCGUAGUGAACCAGCCGAAUGUUAAAUACGGUACAAAGCUGUCGGCCGACAUUGAAAAAACAUUGACCAACGCGUUUAUUGACAAUGUUAAAAGCCAGUUGAACACAAAUAUUUGCAAGGCUUUGGGCCAAAUGAUUAAGCCUGGAAAAUAACAAAACCUAUUUCAUUAAUUGAAAUCCGCCGCAAAGCUUAUUUUUGCUGUAAAUUGUAUGGUCAGGUCAUCAGGAUAAAUAUAUAUAUUGAAUUCCAGA